AUGAAUCAAGAUCAAGUUUCUAACUCAAAGAACUUUCCAUCUUCAUUUACAUCAUCUAAUAUGAAUCAAACUCAAGUUUCUAGCUCAGAGAACCUUUCACUUUCAUUUACCUCGUCUGAUAUAAAUCAAAUUCAAGUAUCUACUAACUCGGAAAACAUUCCGCCUUCAUUUUCAUUUACUACUAUUUAUUCUAAUUCUCAAGAUAACAACGCCCUUAUCACUUCUCCACGACAAAAUGCAAACGCAUUUCACGUAACUACUAUGGUUCAGGAUAUUCAUCCUCAAUAUGAUAAUAUGCAAACGUUGCCUCAACAAACAUUACAAACUACACUUAAAACUACACUUUUUCUAUCGACCUCUAAAUGA